CGCGAUGCGGCUGCCCGUGCGCCGCCGCUGUCGCCCGCCCGCCGCCGCCUCCUGAGCGCCGCCGCAGCCAUGGAGCGGAGGGCGGAGGCGCCGCCACCGCCGCCGCAGGGCCUCGACUUCACCGUGGAGAACGUGGAGAAGGCUCUCCAUCAGCUGUAUUAUGACCCRAACAUCGAGAACAAGAACUUGGCUCAGAAAUGGCUGAUGCAGGCACAGGUGUCCCCCCAGGCAUGGCACUUCAGCUGGCUGCUUCUCCACAUGGACAAGGUGCCUGAGAUCCAGUACUUCGGUGCCAGUGCUCUCCACAUUAAAAUCUCCCGUUACUGGAAUGACAUCCCGGCUGACCAGUAUGAGAGCCUCAAGUCGCAGCUCUUCACCCACAUCACGCGCUUYGCCAGCGGCUCCAAGAUCGUGCUGACCCGGCUGUGCGUGGCGCUGGCCUCCCUGGCRCUCAGCAUGAUGCCGGAGGCCUGGCCCUGCGCUGUGGCAGACAUGGUGCGCAUGUUCCAGGCGGAGGACUCCAACGUGGACGGGCGGGCGCGGUGCCUGGCGCUGCUGGAGCUGCUGACGGUGCUGCCGGAGGAGUUYCAGACCAGCCGCCUCCCGCAGUACCGCAAGGGCCAGGUGCGCAGCGUCCUGGCGCAGGAAUGCGGCUCUGUCUUCCCUUUGCUGGAGCAGCUGCUGCAGCAGCAGGACUCCCCGGGUUUCAUCAAGCAGAAGGUGUUGAAGUGCUUCUCCAGCUGGGUUCAGCUGGAGAUCCCGCUGAUGGACUGCGAGAACCUCAUCCAGGCAGCUUUCACCUCUCUGCAGGACCCAGAGCUCUUCGACACAGCAGUGGAAGCUGUGGUCAAUGCCAUUUCCCAGCCCGAUGCCCAAAGGUACGUGAACACCCUCCUCAAACUCAUCCCGCCUGUGCUGGGGCUCCAAGAGCAGCUGCGCCAGGCAGUCCAGAGCGGGGACAUGGAGACAUCACAUGGAAUCUGCCGCAUCGCUGUGGCCUUGGGGGAGAACCAUUCCCGGGCCCUCCUGGACCAGGUGGAGCACUGGCAGAGUUUCCUGGCCCUGGUUAACAUGAUCAUGUUCUGCACUGGCAUCCCUGGACACUACCCCGUCAACGAAACCACCAGCUCCUUGACRCUCACCUUCUGGUACACGCUGCAGGACGAUAUCCUCUCCUUUGAGCCCGACAAGCAGGCGGUGUACCAGCAGGUCUACAGGCCUGUCUACUUCCAGCUGGUGGAUGUGCUGCUGCACAAAGCCCAGUUCCCCUCCGAUGARGAGUACGGCUUUUGGUCUUCGGAUGAGAAGGAGCAGUUUCGGAUAUACAGGGUGGACAUUUCUGACACACUGAUGUAUGUGUAUGAGAUGCUGGGYGCUGAGCUCCUGAGCAGCCUCUAUGACAAACUGGGACGUCUCCUGACCAACACAGAGCAGCCGUCCACGUGGCAGCACACAGAGGCCUUGCUCUAUGGCUUCCAGUCCAUUGCUGAGACCAUCGAUGUGAACUACUCCGAUGUGGUGCCGGGACUGAUCGGCCUCAUUCCCCGGAUCAGCAUCAGCAACGUGCAGCUUGCUGACACCGUCAUGUUCACGAUCGGGUCCCUGUCCGARUGGCUGGCUGAUCACCCUGUCAUGAUUAACAACGUGUUGCCACUGGUGCUCCAAGCCUUGGGCAACCCUGAGCUCUCCAUCUCCAGCGUGUCCACCCUGAAAAAGAUCUGCCGGGAGUGCAAGUAUGACCUGCCGCCUUACGCUGCCAACAUUGUCGCUGUGUCACAGGAGGUGUUGAUGAAGCAGAUUCACAAGACGAGCCAGUGCAUGUGGCUGAUGCAGGCUCUUGGUUUCCUGCUUUCUGCACUGCAAGUGGAGGAGAUCCUGAAGAACCUGCACUCCCUGAUCACCCCCUACAUCCAGCAGCUGGAAAAGCUGGCUGAUGAAACGCCCAAUCCCUCCAACAGGCUGGCCAUCAUCCAUAUCCUGGGCCUGCUUUCCAACCUGUUCACCACCCUGGACAUCAGCCACCAYGAUGACGACCAUGAGAGCACCGAGGUCAAAAAACUGCCAGUGCAGCAAGGACCCAACCCAGUGGUGGUGGUUCUGCAGCAAGUCUUCCAGCUCAUACAGAAGGUUCUCAGCAAGUGGCUGAAUGAUGCCCAGGUGGUGGAGUCUGUCUGUGCCAUAUUUGAGAAGUCUGUGAAGACUCUACUGGAUGAUUUUGCCCCCAUGGUGCCUCAGCUGUGUGAGAUGCUGGGGCAGAUGUACAGCACCAUACCCCAGGUCUCUGCCAUUGAACUCACCCGGCAGCUGGUUCACAUCUUUGCCCAUGAGCCUGCCCACUUCCCUCCCAUCAAGGCCCUCUUCUUGCUCGUUACCUCAGUCACACUGACCCUGUUCCAGCAAGCUAAGCUAAUUGGGGCCAUCUCUUUCUUGGAUUCAUCCCAACCCCUGGAAGGUGGGUACCUUCCCUGCAGGAAAUAGAAGUAGGAAACCCCUGGGUGCUCUGGGCCUCUGUACUGUUAAAACAGCCCAGCUGGGUAUCCCAUGCUGCAAGGGUCAAGCUGGAGCUGCAGUCCAGCUGGGCAAGGAGGCYCUGCCCACAAGGGGAUCCUGGGGCUUCUCCAGGAGCCAGCGCUGCUUGUACAAAUCAAGCCCUUCUGUGAGCGGGAGGAUGUGUGUGUGAACAUCUGGAAAAUUACUUUUUCAGCGUCGCUGGUGGCCACCGAGUCCGUGCUGUGAUGCUGAAGAUGCUACUGUUCUCCUUGCAGGGCAGUGGCCCCUCUUUAGCCCACUACCACCCUACCAAAAGCAAAUGGGGUUAGAACAGGCUCCUUUAYACCAUGGCUCCCCUCAGCAUCUUGGUGACUUGCCCUGUGACAGGGACAAACGUACGUUGGAGCUGCUGGCUCUGGUCCUUCAGCAUCACCAUGUGCGACCCCCAAGGGGUUUUAUCCUUUGCUCAGAGCUGGGUGUCAAGUACAGUGAUGCUGUCCCCCACUUCAAGGCUCAGAGCUCUCUAGAGGUGGGGGGAGACAUGAGGAGCCCUGCUUAUCAUCACGCCACGGUCUGAGCAAAUCCCACUGUGCUGAGGUGUCACUGGGGUCAGUGACAGCCUUACUCGGGUAUCAGGUCCCGCCUCGUGCCAGUGGCGUGUGGAUGUGUCUGUGCUGGAACCCUUUUGCCUCGGUGCUGGGGAGGUGGCCAUGCCUCUGGGCAGCAGCAGGCACGUCUGCAGGAGGAAAGGGGAGGGGACAGAGCCCGAGCUGUGCCAACACCUGGAUGUGAGCUUUGCUCAGGCAAGCGGCUGUUGAGCUCGGUACGUGCCCGGGACUGUCCCCUUGGGUGGGGGGCCAGCUCUGAGCAGGGUGAGCCCCUUCUGCUGAGCCCACGGGYGGCAGGAGAAGGGGGGAAGCCUGAUCCUACAAGGGCCAGGACGCGAACGUGCACAGUCAGAUGCCAAGGUAGGGUGAGUGGUGCUGACACAGAGACCUCUGGGCACUGAGCUGCUCUCUGCCAGG